CAUAUGACUUGAUGAGAUAAUUCAUUCUUUGGAGUCUUUCGAUUCAUGUCAUCGAUAGUUGGAAGGAGAGAAUAGAACGAGACUCCAUCUGCCUAUUCUAAUGGUUUCGCCAAAAACAGCAGGUUCUUGUUGUUUUCUCACAUCUAUUAUGGGUUCCUUGACUCUUCUGGUUUUUGGAUUGCUGUUGCGAAGUCACUAUCCUUUUUUGGGUUUCGAAGGUGAUGAGAAUGCUGCAGCUUCAAGUUGUUUUUGGGCUUCGUUUAUUUUCUUAAUCACUAGUAUCCUUUCUAUUGUUAGUUAUGGAGUUGGCAUGUUUCAGGAACGUUAUGCAAGAAGAAGAAGAGCCUAUUUACCAGUCUGAAAUAAAGUUCUCCAUUGUGAGCUUUUUGCUGGAAACAACGACAACACAGAGUGAUCAAAGAGUUACUCGCCAUAAGUGUAAAAGUUUUCU